AUGCAUGCAACAGCCUUGGUCCUCUCUAUCCUCUCUGAUGAAGCUGCUGCUACUCUGAUGUUGGAGAAGAAAGAAAGUGUGAGGGUUGAACAAGCUUUAACCUUGGAAGCUUCACUCUUCUAUAUUAAAGAGUUCACGGAUGUUGAUUCAGCAAUGAUUAAUGCUCUGAUUGAGAGAUGGUGGCCUGAGACUCACACAUUUCAUUUUCCGGUUGGUGAGUGUGCCGUGACCUUGGAGGAUAUGGCGAUAAUUCUCGGUCUGCCGACAAAUAGUCUUCCGGUUACAGGACCGACCAUGAGCAGUUUUGAGGCAUUGGAAGCCGAGUGCUUGCACCAAUUUGGAGUUGCGCCGAGGAAGACGGACUGUAGAGGGAGCUUUAUAAAAUUAACAUGGUUUAGGGGUUUGAAAGAUUGUAUAAUGUUGAAUGAUGAUGUGCACAUUCAGAUGGCAACUCAUGUCGACUGCAAGGAGAUGGACGGUCCACUGAUACUGUUGCUCACUUGGGCUUGGAUCCGGCUACCAUUUCUAGCGCCGAUCCCCGGCAAUCCCCGAGUGUUUCCAAUUACAAACAGAUGGCGUAACUGGGACCGUGAAAACUAUGCCUACCGAUAUAAAACGCUUCCGCACUACAGGAGGUUGUUGGAUGAUCUACAAGAAAGACAGUUUGUUUGGCAAGCUUAUGGCAUUGGAAACAUCGACCCAGACAUGAUUCCUUUAGACAUCCGUCAUAAUUCGGUUAUCUGGAGUGCCACAGUGCCACUUAUAUCUUUUGAAUGCAUCGAGUGGCAUGCAUCUGAUAGAGUCAGGAGGCAAUUUGGAUUGAGACAGGGUGUUCCUAAUCAAGAGCGGGAUCUAGGUGCAUCACACGGCGAAGUUCUAACUGGGCCUAAGAAUCAAGAUUUGGCCAAUACCCACUCUUUUUGGGUGAUGUAG